UUUGCUUCCUGCGCGGUGCAGGCUUCAGAUUCGGAAUCAUCGGGGUCUAUAAUUCUGUCCUUCUGAUUUUAUUUAGCACUCGUUUCAAAAGCUUGUACAAUAUUUUCUUUACAUUAGGAUCAUACAUGUGUAGAAUCGAGCUGAUUCGUGGCUGUAUAUAUUUUUAAUCGGAGAAGGACCCGGAUGAAGCGAGACCCGGAUUAGCUUUAGUAGCUAACACAAAUACAUCGUGUUCUAGACGGGAAAAAAAUCCUCAUUUUAACGAUUUAUUUCUCUCUUUUCUUUGCUUUUGGCUGGUGAUUAUGGAUGAGAAGGUGUUUACAAAAGAACUGGAUCAAUGGAUCGAGCAGCUGAACGAGUGCAAGCAGCUGUCGGAGAACCAGGUUAAAUUUCUAUGCGAGAAAGCUAAAGAGAUUUUAUCCAAGGAGUCCAACGUUCAGGAGGUGCGUUGUCCAGUCACGGUGUGUGGAGAUGUCCAUGGGCAAUUCCACGAUCUCAUGGAGCUAUUUAAGAUCGGCGGGAAAUCACCAGACACCAAUUAUCUCUUCAUGGGUGACUAUGUGGACCGAGGCUAUUACUCUGUAGAGACUGUCACCCUUCUAGUGUGUUUAAAGGUUCGAUAUAGAGAGCGAAUCACCAUCCUCAGAGGGAACCACGAAAGCAGACAGAUCACGCAGGUUUACGGCUUCUACGAUGAGUGCCUGAGAAAAUAUGGGAACGCAAACGUUUGGAAAUAUUUCACUGACCUUUUUGACUACCUUCCCCUCACUGCCCUGGUGGACACACAGAUUUUCUGUCUCCAUGGAGGACUAUCUCCGUCCAUCGAUACGCUGGAUCACAUUCGAGCCCUGGACCGCAUCCAGGAAGUCCCACAUGAGGGCCCCAUGUGCGACCUGUUGUGGUCGGACCCCGAUGACCGCGGUGGCUGGGGGAUUUCACCUAGAGGAGCCGGCUACACGUUCGGUCAAGACAUCUCAGAAACCUUCAAUCACGCCAACUCCCUGACCCUGGUGUCCAGAGCUCACCAGUUAGUCAUGGAGGGCUACAACUGGUGUCACGAGCGGAACGUCGUCACGAUCUUCAGCGCUCCGAAUUACUGCUACCGCUGCGGCAAUCAGGCGGCCAUCAUGGAGCUCGACGACACUCUCAAGUACUCAUUUUUGCAGUUCGACCCGGCGCCAAGGAGAGGGGAACCGCACGUCACCCGCCGGACACCCGACUACUUCCUGUAACGUCUCUGUGCCUGAUGAUUCCUCAGCAUUAUCCUGAUCACAGACUGAACUGACAUCAAAUCAGCUCCUCUCAUUUCUCCAAAUAUUAUCGCAUCUCUGAAUACAUGAAUUUGUCCACGGACCAAAAUGUGUGCCAUCAGCAUAAUGUGGGUGGGAGGGUAAAAAACGAGAAACACACACACACACACACACACACACACACACACAAACUUUUAGCCGUUUUACAUCUACAGAGAUACAAUAACGCUUUGGUUUCCUUGAUAUGAGCGAACGCCAUACAGAUUAAAUAUCCUACCAGUGUUCUUUUCAAAUGUGUUUUAUUCUUUAGUUCAUGAUGUAGGAGCUUUUGGCUGUACAUUGUGAAUUAAAAAAAAAGAAAGAAAGAAAGAAAGAAAAAAAGAAGAAAUUGCCAUGCGUAGUGUCAUGCUCAUUCUGCACAACCCGUUCAUCUUAGACUUUCAGAUGAAGUUUAAUAUUUUGUUUAAUUAUAUGAAGUUAAAAAAAAAAAAAUGCACUUUUUGUGGUACAAUCUUUCAGUGUUAUCGAAUUGUAGAUGAUUUACAGGCAGAUUUGUUUUGUAACUGCAUUGUUCCCAACACCAACACCUUUGUAAAACCAAGCAGUAUUUCGUUCAUGGAAGCUGCGAGCUGUAUUGCUUUUCACUCUAGCAGUAUAAAAGUGUACACAAUGUUUUUAACGCCUCAGACCUGAGAUAAAGUGUGUUUUUCUGUC